AUGGCAGAUGAAAACACUGAAAAGAAAGAAGAUUCUAAGAAACGACCUAAACGAUAUCCAAACAAAAAUUAUGCUGUAAAGAAGCGGUUACCAGCACGACCAAUUGAUGGAGCUAACGUAAUAUUCAUAACGAAGAAAACAAAUUUCAAGGCGCAAUUAGAUAAGUGUUGUGAACUAUUGACAAGAGGCGAAAAGGAAAUAAUUCUGCAUGGUUUAGGUGCAGCUAUACAGCGUUGUUGCAACUUGGCGCUACAAUUAGAAAUACUGUUUUCUGGUACUUGUCAGAUCGAAGUGAAUACUGGAACUGUUGACUUAAUUGAUGAUUUGGAGCCUCUAACAGAAGACUUAGACUUUGAUGCACAAGUAAGGUGCUCAUCUUCAAUACACAUAAGAAUAUUCAGAACUGCAAUGCUUGGAGCCAAUUAA